AUGCAGCCUUUGAAAAAGUUGAUGGCCAUCUUAAAACCCCAAAAUCUGACUGUGAGUGAACAAAGUGAAGUUCUACAAGCAGGUGUGUCUUGGCAGAAAGAAACCAUACCAGUAAUGGAGUUCUGUGAUUCUGAGGCCUCUCGUCAGAAGUUCAGACAGUUCCAAUAUGUGGAAAGGGCUGGGCCUCAUGAAUCACUAAACCAGCUCUGGGAGCUCUGCCUUCAGUGGCUUCGACCAGAGAUUCAUACCAAGAAUCAGAUCCUAGAGUUACUGGUGCUAGAGCAAUUUCUCACAAUCCUCCCUGAAGAGGUUAGAAUUUGGGUGAAAUUACAACAUCCAAAGAACAGCAAAGAGGUGGUGACCCUCAUAGAGGAUGUGAUUGAAAUGCUUAAAUAUGAAGAUGUAUCCUAUAAGGAUUCUGUCCUACAAAGGGACAAUUUCAAGAAGGAGGAUAUGGAAGCUGGCUCACUAACCGACAAGUUCCAGGAACCAGUGACAUUCAAAGAUGUGAUUGUGGAAUUCAAUGAGGAAGAAUGGGGACAACUGGAUUCAGCUGUAAAAAACCUGUACAGAGAUGUGAUGCUGGAGAACUACAACAACCUGAAUUCGUUGCGUAAAGGGCAUCUGCAUUCCAAACCAGUUAAGAUUCCCAAUUUUGAAAGUGAGAAAAAACAACAGAUAAUGGAGGAAGAAACCCCAGGAAGGACUGAUUUGGACAGGGAGACUAUUUCAGAAGAAAAUGUUUCCUUUCCAAAGCAGAGGAUUUCUGGAGAAGAAUCAUCUCAUGAAGUGUUUAUGACAAGUAAUCCCUCUUCAUUAGAUGGCUGGAAAGAUGAUGGUUGGAUCUCUGGGAAUCAAGGAAAUAGGGACCUUUAUUUGCCACAAGAAACUCCAAUCCAUAAAGAAAUCCACACUACGGAGGAAGACUCUAAAUAUGGUGGAUAUGAGAGAGGCUUUACUGUUAAUUCUGUUAACUCAAUUUGUGAUUUACAAAAGGAAGUUCCUAUCAGAAGGGAGUCCCCAAAAUGUGACACAUUGAAAGCCAACUUCCAAUUUAAUUUAUACACAGUAGCUAAGCAACAUUCAGGAUAUAACAAAUGUAAGAAAACCUUGAACCAGAGUACAGCUAUUAAUAAACACCUAGAAACUCAAACCACAGUGAAUUCUUAUGAGUGCUAUCAAUGUGGGAAAGCCUUUAGCCGGAGUUCAUCUCUUAUUCGACAUCAUAUAAUUCACACAGGAGAAAAACCAUAUAAAUGUUUAAAAUGUGGAAAAUUCUUCAACCGGCGUACAAACCUUAGUAAACAUCAGAAAAUUCAUGCUGAAGCAAAUAUCUGUGAAAGUAAUAGAUGUGGAAACACCUUUACUAAACAUGAAGAUGAGAAUAAAAAUUCAGUGUUGCAUUCCAGAGAUAAUCUCUAUAAAUGUGUUGAUUGUGGAAAAUCUUUCAACCGGAGCUCCUCCCUUAUUAGACAUCAAAUGAUUCAUACAGGAGAGAAACCAUUUAAAUGUAAGAAAUGUCAUAAAACCUUCAACAGGAAUUCAACCCUUGUUAAACAUCAGAAACUUCAUACUUGA